AAGACUGAUGACCAGUCGUUCCUGGGGAUUUGCUAUUGGGAGAGUCUGGGCCAGCACUCAAACGCUGGGAAAACAAGACUUUUGGAGCCAAACUGUAACAAUAGAGUUCCAAACGAGAAUGGAAGCCUCUGGAAGACCGUAGCUGCACAGAUAUACCAUGGCUGCUGCUCUUCAUCCUCUUCUGCAUUGGGAUGGGAUUUAUCUGUGGCUUUUCAGUAGCAACAGGUGCAGCAGCAAGACUAGUGUCAGGAUAUGACAGCUAUGGAAAUAUCUGUGGCCAGAGAAAUGCAAAGUUGGAAGCAAUACCAAACAGUGGCAUGGACCACACCCACCGGAAGUAUGUGUUCUUUUUGGAUCCUUGUAAUCUGGACUUGAUAAACCGGAAGAUCAAGUCUGUAGCACUCUGUGUAGCAGCAUGUCCAAGACAAGAAUUGAAAACCUUGAGUGAUGUCCAGAAGUUUGCAGAGAUAAAUGGCUCAGCACUAUGUAGCUACAACCUGAAGCCUUCUGAGUAUACUACAUCUUCAAAAUCUUCUGUUCUUUGCCCCAAACUACCAGUUCCAGCGAGUGCACCUAUUCCAUUCUUCCAUCGCUGUGCUCCUGUGAACAUUUCCUGCUAUGCCAAGUUUGCAGAGGCCCUGAUCACCUUUGUCAGUGACAAUAGUGUCUUACACAGGCUGAUUAGUGGAGUAAUGACCAGCAAAGAAAUUAUAUUGGGACUUUGCUUGUUAUCACUAGUUCUAUCCAUGAUUUUGAUGGUGAUAAUCAGGUAUAUAUCAAGAGUCCUUGUGUGGAUCUUAACUAUUCUGGUCAUACUGGGUUCACUUGGUGGCACAGGUGUACUAUGGUGGCUAUAUGCAAAGCAAAGGAGGUCACCCAAAGAAGCAAUUAUUCCUGAGCAGCUUCAGAUAGCUGAAGACAAUCUUCGAGCUCUCCUGAUCUAUGCCAUUUCAGCUACAGUGUUCACUGUUAUCUUGUUCCUGAUAAUGCUGGUCAUGCGCAAACGUGUUGCUCUCACCAUUGCCUUGUUCCAUGUGGCUGGCAAGGUCUUCAUCCACCUGCCACUGCUCGUCUUCCAGCCUUUCUGGACCUUCUUUGCUCUUGUCUUGUUCUGGGCCUACUGGAUCAUGACGCUACUUUUUCUUGGUACUACCGGCAGUGCUGUUCAGAAUGACCAAGGCUUUGUGGAGUUUCGAAUUUCUGGGCCUCUGCAGUACAUGUGGUGGUACCAUGUGGUUGGCCUGAUUUGGAUCAGUGAAUUUAUUCUAGCAUGUCAACAGAUGACUGUGGCAGGAGCUGUGGUCACUUACUACUUUACUAGGGAUAAAAGAAAUUUGCCAUUUACACCUAUUUUGGCAUCAGUGAAUCGCCUUAUUCGUUAUCACCUUGGUACUGUGGCAAAAGGAUCUUUUAUUAUCACUUUAGUCAAAAUUCCACGAAUGAUCCUUAUGUACAUACACAGUCAGCUCAAAGGAAAGGAAAAUGCUUGUGCACGAUGUGUGCUGAAAUCUUGCAUUUGUUGCCUUUGGUGUCUUGAAAAGUGCCUAAAUUACUUAAAUCAGAAUGCAUACACAGCCACAGCUAUCAACAGCACCAACUUCUGCACCUCAGCAAAGGAUGCCUUUGUCAUUCUGGUGGAGAAUGCCCUGCGCGUGGCUGCCAUCAACACCGUGGGGGACUUCAUGCUGUUCCUAGGCAAGGUGCUGAUAGUCUGCAGCACAGGUUUGGCUGGGAUUAUGCUGCUCAACUACCAGCAGGAUUACACAGUAUGGGUGCUGCCUCUGAUCAUCGUCUGCCUCUUUGCUUUCCUAGUCGCCCAUUGCUUCCUGUCCAUUUACGAAAUGGUAGUGGAUGUAUUGUUCUUGUGUUUUGCCAUUGAUACAAAAUACAAUGAUGGGAGCCCUGGCAGAGAGUUCUAUAUGGAUAAAGUGCUGAUGGAAUUUGUGGAGAACAGUAGGAAAGCCCUGAAGGAAGCUGGUAAGGGAGGCGUCGCUGAUGCCAGAGAGCUAAAGCCGAUGGCUUCGGGAGCAAGUUCUGCUUGAACCUAGCCGGCGGUUAUGGAACCCAUUGACAUUCCAAAACAAUAUAUACACAUAACUAUGUAUUUGUGUGUGUGGGUAUGUGUAUAUAUGUAUAUGUAUGUGUGUAUAUAUAUAUAUGUGUAUGUAUAUACACACACACACACAUAAUCAGCCAAAAUCAGAGAAAAGGAACAGGGAUUUAAUACCUUUUUUAUGCUUAUUUUUGUCAAACAUGUACUCCUUUCAUACGGGUGGCUUUUACAAGGCAACUUCCGUCAUUUAAUGUUUUCAAUUGUAAUUGUCUUAAUGGAGAUGUUAGAUUCAUAUCUGAUUAACAUUUUUAACAACUUAGAGGAGAUUUUAACUUUAGUUACUUAGAUUAGGUAAAGUUAUUAUACCAAAUUCUUGUCCAAAAUUGUUUUCAGGGGUAAUUUCCCUGAUGUGUGUAUAACAUCGAGAUCUGAUUUUACAGAUGCAUAAGUCCUAGCGCAAGACUAGGCAUGUGCUUUCAGCUAAGUAAAGGAAUUACUUCCGUCAGUUUCCCCCAAUCAAAGAAGCCAUGUCAUUUUACUUUUAGAGACAUACAGUGGGCCCAUUAUGAGAAUUUUCAUAAUAGCUCAUAAUUUUCAUAAAAGCUCAUUUGUCCGCCAACAUUAAAAAGUAACCAACUCCUCAGGUAUUUGUAGUUUACCCUAAUGCUUCUAUAAAAAGAAAGUAGGAAAAAAAAAAGAAAAGGGUAGAUAAUCUUUCUUAUGCAAACUUUUUUCUUAUAAUUUGUCUUUUCCUUUCUUUUCACUUUAGUAGCAUCCUUCACACAUUUGUGUGCCUGAUUUGAAAGGAAGCUGGGGUACCCAGCAAGUUUAGCUUUAAGUUUCUGUGUAUUGAUUUGCCGAUUAGGUAGUGCUAGGAGGAAUAAAAAAGGGAAGAAAGCAGAGCAUAAAGCAUGGUGCUUGGGCUCUUUGCUUCAAAAGAAUAGCAGUGGCUUAGGGUUAAACUGGCCAUUUUAUCCAAAUGCUUGCUAUAAAAUCUGAAAACAUACUGGCAGGUGCUCCGCUCCUUGGCAAUCCAUUGAGUAUCCAGAGUUCUACAAUGUUUCACUGAAGAAUUGGUUAGUGUUUUGAUCCUCAAGUAUGAAUGUUGUUUAUGUUUGGGAGUGGGUUGGGGGCUUUUUGGUUUUUUUGUUAUUAUUAUUCUUGAAGCUUACCAGAUAUGAAUGGCUAAUAUUCCAUUGUUCUGCUUAUUGUAAUGGUGAAUGCUUUAAGAAAAAAAGUGUAAUUUGCUAAGAAUAAUUCAUGAUCUGUUUAUGCGAUAACUCCUUUUUGUUACAAUUUUUUUAAAAAAAGGCUAUUUUUGUUAAUGUAAAGUAAAUAUUUCAGAGCAAAUUUUUUAAACUUAUUGCACUAAAUACAGGCUCUGUACAAAAAAAAAAAAGCCUCAGCAUUUUAUCAUUCCAUGGAAGGAGAACCUUUUGAAAGAAAGCAUUGCCUCCUAUCAGAAUUAGACAGUGAAUUAGACUGGAAUUAUGGACACUCAUUCAAAUUCAUGUCACUAGGGCUUCAUAAGUAGCUGUUUGCUAUUGUGCUUCCUUUCAAAGGGUUAGACCUUUAAAUUGCUGCAAAAGGUAAACUGUAUUCUUUUCUAAGUAUCGGUGUUCUUUAUGCUAGCUAGGCUAAAAAAAAAUUGCUAAAUGCCUUGGUUUCUUUUCAAAGCUCAUAUACUAUUUCUGAUUUUUUCAGAAUAUUUGCAAUAAGAAUCUGGAUUAAAAAAAAAUAACAAUAGAAAAAGAAAACCACACACACAAUUUAAGAGUUCAUAUCUUAGCAAGAUCUGGGAAACCAACAUUGUUGAUUUCAAAACUGCCUAAGCAGUUUUGAAAUAAUAAUUCUCCAGAAGUUAAUAUCUAACACCUAAUACUGCCAAAUAUAUGUCAAUGUCCUAUGAUAUUAGUUGAAAUGGAAUACGUCUAAUUGUGUAACUAACAACUGAGAGAAAAAAUCCAGGAUCUAUCAUGUAUUUUGUAGCCAUGCUGAUUGUUGGGUGUUCAGAAUCAUUGGGAACUAACACUAGAAUUGGUAAAAGUAUAGAAGAUGAGUACUAAAAGACAAGUCACUCCAGGAGCUAGCUAUUUUAGGAGGUGUCCCUCCAAGGACCUGAUGGAAGUCUUGAACUUGGAAAUUAGGUUCUGCUCACUUGAACAUCCCCACACCAUGGACCCUCGCUGCUUCCGUUCCAUGUGCUCGCAGUCUCCGCUAUCUGGAAGCCACCAGGAAUGCUUUCUAAUCAUCAUUUGCAACUAGAACUGUAACCAGAAAGAAAUUUUGUAUUUUUGUAUAACUUGACUGUGUGCCAUUUUAUAUAACAGGUCCUGCUUUACAAAUAAAUUCUGUUUUACUAA